CCUAUCCUUCACACGUAUUAUCAGCCUGGGGACCUCAUCAUUGCAGGCAUUAUUUCUCAGAUUUAUAUGUUUUCCAGAAAAAUGAACUUCAAAAAGUAUCCAUCUCAGGAAUUAUUUGAAGAAUACAUCUACUUCAGGGCAAGCUGGACCUACCUUGCUUCAAUGCAACUCCUGUCCAGGAAAAGCAAAUCUAUCCCCAACUACAAGUGUGGCUUCCAGUACAAUCCAACAGUAGUGAUUGGGGGACCAAAUUCUAACAUCUGCCUCUAUAUGGCAACCAUCUUAUGCACCUACAAGAUUCCACAGCUCAUGUAUGGCUCUGCUCCACUGAGGAAUAUAGAAACCCAAGGAGUAUUCUUCUACAAGAUGUUCCCAAGUGGAUCCCAUCAGUACAGGGGAAUUCUUCAGUUAUUACUUCAUUUUAGGUGGACAUGGAUUGGCGUGAUUUAUCUGAAUGAUGACAAUGGAGAGAUGUUUGUACAUAAUAUGCUUCCCAUGUUUUCCAGAAGUGACAUAUGCUUCGAAUUCAUACAGAAACUCCCAGAAUUAACAUUUUCCAAUGAUGCUGAAUGGAUGAUAAGGGAAGGAAUAGAAAUCUGCAAAGUUAUCACAAGAAGCACUGCCACUGCAUUGCUUGUGCAUGGUGAAAUUCAGAGCAUGGUUAUUUUGAGAAUGUUCAUCUCCUUCUCAGAAUUUGAGGGUAUUCAGAAGAAGACAAAGGUGUGGAUUAUGACAGCCCAGAUGGAUUUCACAUCACUACCUUUUCAAAGAAGUUGGGACAUAAAUUUCAUCCAUGGUAUGUUAUCUUUUGCAGUGCAUUCAAAGGAAGUAUUCGGCUUUCAGAAAUUUCUUCGCAUGAAAACCCCUGUGUCAGAAAGAGGAGAUGGCUUUGUCAGGACCUUCUGGGAAUGUGCAUUUCACUGUUUCUUUCCCAGCUCCAGCUCAGACAAGGAGACUCUGGAAUUCUGCACAGGGAAAGAGAAACUGGAGACUCUUCCUAGAUCUGUUUUUGAAAUGAACAUGACCAGCCACAGCUAUAGUAUCUACAAUUCUGUUUAUGCUGUGGCCUAUGCCUUGCAUGCCAUGUAUUCCUCCAGCAUUAAAUAUCGGACACUGGUGGACAGAAGGAGAGGGAUGCUUCUGAAUCAAAAGCCAUGGCAGCUCCAUCCUUUUCUGGGGACAGUUUCUUUUAACAACAGUGCUGGGCAGCUGGUUUCCUUUGACAAAAAUAGAGAAUUAGUGGCUGGAUUUGAUAUUAUAAACUGGAUUACGUCCCCAAACAAGUCUUUCUUUAGAAUCAAGAUUGGAAGAACAGAUCCACAUGCUCCUCCAGACAAAAUGAUUACCCUUUCUGAGAAUACCAUUGUGUGGCCUGGCCAAUUUAAUCAGGCACAGCCCAUUUCCACAUGUAAUGACAACUGUUAUCCAGGUUAUAGGAAGACCAAGAAGGAAGGGAAGCCAUUUUGCUGCUAUGAUUGCCUUCCAUGUCCAGAAGGGAAGAUUUCAGAUAAAACAGAUAUGAAUGAUUGUGUUCGAUGUCCAGAAGAUCACUAUCCAAGCCAAGACCAGGAUUUGUGCAUUCCAAAAUCGAUCAUUUUCUUAUCAUAUGAAGAACCCUUGGGGAUCAGUUUGGCCAUUCUGGCCCUUGUCCUCUCUUUUACAGCAGCUUUUGUGUUAGGGAUCUUCAUCAAGCACCAGGAUACCCCCAUAGUCAAAAACAAUAACCAGAACUUGACUUACAUUCUCCUCACCUCCUUGCUCCUCUCUUUCCUUUGUGUUUUCUUAUUCAUUGGUCAGCCUGGGAGAGUAAUAUGUCUCCUCCGUCAAACCACCUUUGGCUUCAUCUUUGCUGUGGCCCUGGCUUCUGUUUUGGCCAAAACUAUUGUAGUGGUUCUAGCAUUUAUGUCUACCAGGCCAGGGUCUAGGAUGAGGAAAUGGGUAGGAAAACAACUAGCUAGCUCCAUUGUUCUUUGUUGCUCCUUUAUUCAAGCCGUCAUUUGUAGCACAUGGUUGACAACUUUCCCCCCAUUUCCAGAUUCUGACCUGCAGUCAGUAGCUGAAAAAAUUGUUCUGCAAUGCAAUGAAGGGUCACCAGCAAUGUUCUACUCUGUUCUGGGUUUUUUGGGAUUCCUAGCCGCUGUCAGUUUCAUUGUGGCUUUUCUGGCCAGAAAGUUACCUGAAAAUUUCAAUGAAGCCAAGUUCAUCACUUUCAGCAUGUUGAUAUUCUGCACUGUUUGGUUGUCCUUUGUGCCAACUUAUUUGAGUACCAAGGGAAAGUAUAUGGUGGCUGUAGAGAUCUUUUCAAUUUUAGGGUCCAGUGCUGGAUUACUUGGCUGCAUCUUUUCCCCCAAAUGCUAUGUCAUUUUACUGAAGCCAGAGCUGAACCAUAAGAAGCUGUUAAUAAGAAGGAAGAAUCUUAAGGUUUAUGCCUUUGCACCUAAUUAA